AUGUGCCUAACUCUGGCCUGGGUUGUACAAUCAAAAAUGUUCGAUUAUUUGCAAAUCGGCACAAGUGAAUCUGAAAUCAAGAAAAUCUGCAUCGAAUCAAACCGCAGGAUCUUUCCGAUCCCAAAAGCCAGCAACGAUUUCCUUAAAAAAGAAACCGUCCUGCAGGAGCGGGCCUGCCCGUUGGGCACCACCGGUCAGCGAAGACCAUCCCGGUCUCCUCGGAAUCAGAGAAGUCGCAGCGCGGACGUGGACUGUCUGAAGAAGUACACGGAGAGACGCGUGGAAGACCGAAGGCACACAGAUGUGGCGGACACGAGCAAGCUGGACCCGUCCCGUUGGAUCCCGCUGACGAAGAACAUGAGCCGGAGCCAGCCGACUACAUCGAAGAAGUCUCCGCAGUCGUCCAGGGACGAGGAGAAGCGUCGCUCGAUGACGAUGGACAUCGAGGAGACGAUUAACGAUAUACUGCGAUCCAGCGCCGUUCCGGUGCCGAAGAAACUGACCCCGACAAAGGAGGAAGAAACGACGAAGGAGGUCGACGAGAAAGACGAGACAACGAUGACGACGACGGCGACGACGGCAACGAUAGGAACGACGACGAUAGGGACGUCGACGGCGGCCCCGUUGUCGACCAUGUUGGCCUCCACUCACAGAACGACGACUGGCCGCAGCCAUAGCACCGACGUCGGCCGCGCUAAAAACGAAAAACCCGUCGUCGAGGAACGAAGGCAUACGGAGGCUGAUUCCCGAAUGAUCGCGACGAGGUGGCUACCGCCAAUUAACACCUCAAGGUUCCGCAACGACGCGUCCUCAUCGUUCAUCAGGAUCAGCAACAGCGAAAUCUCGAAAUUCGCUGCGGCCAGGUGGCUGACGUUCGUCAAUAACCCGUCCCCGUCGGCGUUACCGCGCACGAACCCAGAACCAAAGCCGUCGUCGGCGACGGAACCGGUUUCCGAAGACGGCCGGCGCAUAGACACGAAGAACGUGUCGCCGAAAUGGGAGCCGAUCAGGAAGUUCUCGCCGGUGGCCGCGGCCAAGGUCGUCAAGGACGCUGCACAGGAAAAAGACAAAGCAGAGUCUAGUCGUGAUCCACCAUCGUCGAAGCUCUCCCCCGAUUCUAUCGAGCAAUCGCAGAGGCUGACGCAACGUAUACGAGAACUUUACGAUUUCAAAACUGAGAAUGAAUGGCCGAAAAGAGCGGUGAACGCACACCACAAUAACAUAUGGAUCAGCAAGAGCAGCAGCGAAGAGGAUCGAUCUGACCAGCAGCGUGUUCGCAGGAACAGCCAAGACUUGGAGUUCAACGACAGGGUGAACGUGAUCAAGCUGAAGGACACGAAGGUGAAGUCGGUGUUCCAAGACGCCAAGGAACCAUCUCCGAAGAAUGAAACCCCGAAGAAGACCUCGGAGAUCUUCAACAGCGAGUACGAAGAUCGUCUGAGGAAGUUCAACGACCGACUGAGGUUCAGCGAGGACCUGGGUAUAGCGAAGCCGAAGCUGAAGGAAAGAAGAGCGUACUCGGAGAACUCCGAAGAGAAAGUCCGUCGAACUCGAUCGGCCCGAUCAACGCGCUCCGAUAGCGUGCAAAGUGCCCGCCAACCGCUGGAACGGAAACGCAACUCGGACGCCAGUAGCAAGUCGAGGGGAAGCUACGCGGAGGUGAAUCCGGUGAAAAGGGGUUCGCGCACUAGCGACGCGAGUUACGCGAGCGUUCUAACUUAUGCGAAACGAUCCAGCGUCGACUGCAAGAGCACGAGAAAGAUAAUGGAGAUUUCGCCCCGAAGAGCUUUCAGCGAGAACGAGGAGAGGCCGGCGACGCCUGUGCCGCCUCUCGAAUUCAACGACGAUCGUUACGUAGUCGCUCGAUCGAAGGUCCUGUCGGAACGCCAGAAGAGGGACAGUACGAGAUACAAAAUGUACCUGACGUAAACCGACGAAUUUCUACGAAACUAAUCUUCCCAGAGCGUUUCUCCGCAACCCCUUCAAUGUGUUGAGAGCUGAUGAAGCAGGCGUGAGUUGACGAAUGUGUGUGGGGCACUGCUCUGGCCCGGUUAAAUGGCAACGAAACCCGCUCCAUGCAACGAAGACGGUCUUAUAAUCAGGGAACGGAUGAAUGGCAAGAAAAGGAAAUUUUCUGAUGGAGGACUCUUAUGAAUGUGUGGAACAGAACAGGCAAUCUUCUGUUGUUGCCUCUAUAUCGUCUCUAUAUAAUCGUCUUCUGUCGCUUUUUGUGCAAAGCUCCGAGAUCCUGCGACUUUGACGUGACGGGGUCCAGAAGGAUGACUCCUAGGGGCAAAUGAGCGCACUCUGCAAAGUGAGAAAAAGAUUAACAAGUCUUCUAUCACGGUCUAUCUGAAAUAUCAAGAUCGAAAAGUCCUCUGUUUUAGUUUAUGUUGAACCGUUGAGAUCCGGUGGCUUUUGUACGGUGGGGUCCAAAAUGGUGGCUCGAGGAGCAAUCUCCAACGUGCGAGCACGGUUCUAUGCGAAACGAUAGAUACGCAUAUAAGUCAGCUGUCUGGGAAAGCAAGAUUGACGAAUCUUCCAUCACCAUUUACUACAAAUUGUUCAAGCUCGUAAGACUCUGACGUCGUCCAAUCGAAAAUCGUGGCUCCAAGAGCAACUCGAAACACUUGCUGAUAAGCCAUCUAUGUUAAAAUAUCGAAGCUCAUAAAUCUAUUAUCAGCAUCAACGUCAAAUUUUUGAGAUCCUUUGGCUUUGAUAAAUUUUACUCGAAAAUUGCGGCCCGAAGGGUAAUGCAAUUACCUCCGCAAGCAAGAGCUGCCACUGCCCACGCCUGAGGCACCGUCCACGACUUCCGGUUUAACUUUUACAAGGACGCUAGGUUACGGAAAUCAAAGCUGUACGAUGCUUUACGUUCGAUGGAACAUCCGUUUAUUUCGAUCAGAAUUUAUUUCGGCUCGUAGAAAGAAAAUAUCGAUAUAAAGUGUUACGUGUAAUCGUUGAAUGGUCACUACUCCUACCCCUCCCCCACAAACGACCCCUUUCUUCCACGAUCAAUGUGUGAAUUUUAUUGAUGUGUACGCGCCGGUGACCAAGAAUUGUUUGCAUGUGAUGUAGUCGCGAAAUUAUGGUGGAUGUGUCGAUGUAUUUUGCGAGAUUUAACAAAUAUGUUUUAGUACUUUUUCGGUCAAGGUACUCGAAACGUGUCGAUAAACGAAUAUUAAUUUGUACAAUUAACACUGUACAAACGAUGUAACACGGUUUAACUAAUAAAAUAUUCUUUGAGAAA